CCCCAUCCUGGAGCUAUUAUAUGGGUAAUGAGACUGUUAGUAUCAUGGAAACUGAGUCUAUAAAGUCUGAGAAUAGUUCAAGAUCUAGGCGCUCUAGGAGUCAUAGGGAUAGGAAUAACUUCAGACAACACUCCCAUCGAAGCACAAGAAAAAAGGUCGUCUGGACCGUCCCAAAAGUGCACUACUAAGCAGCGCCUCCCCAACUAGAGAAGAUUUCUUUUGAGGGCGUCGAUUAUCGUUUAACCAUGCAGUGCCCACAGUGUUUUCAAUCCGACGAGGCACGUGAGCAGGAGCGUAUUAAUGCAGAGAUUGAAAAGCAGCUGCGCCGAGACAAAAGGGACGCACGUCGCGAGCUCAAGCUCCUCCUGCUUGGUACUGGUGAGUCCGGGAAGUCCACUUUUAUAAAGCAGAUGCGUAUUAUUCACGGUGCAGGUUAUUCGGACGAUGAUAAACGGUCGUUUAUCAAAUUGGUUUACCAGAACAUAUUUAUGGCUAUGCAAAGCAUGAUAAAGGCCAUGCACAUGCUCAAGAUUCAGUAUGGCGAUCCUGCUAACCGCGAAAAGGCUGAAUUAAUCAAGAGCAUUGACUAUGAGACUGUGACAACUUUUGAGAGUCCUUAUGUCGAGGCCAUUAAAGAUCUUUGGAAUGAUGUCGGUAUUCUUGAAUGCUACGACAGGCGUAGGGAGUAUCAGCUAACUGAUUCGGCAAAAUACUACUUGAGUGAUAUAGAUCGGAUAAAGGCUCCAGACUAUUUGCCUACCGAGCAGGACAUUUUGAGGGCUCGAGCUCCUACCACGGGAAUUAUUGAGUAUCCAUUUGAUUUAGACAGCAUUAUAUUUAGAAUGGUUGACGUCGGGGGCCAGAGAUCAGAGAGGAGAAAGUGGAUUCACUGUUUCGAAAAUGUCACCUCCAUAAUAUUCUUGGUGGCCUUGAGUGAAUACGAUCAGAUCCUUUUCGAAUCUGAAAAUGAGAACCGCAUGGAAGAGUCGAAGGCAUUAUUUAAAACUAUUAUUACGUACCCGUGGUUCCAGCAUUCAUCUGUCAUACUAUUUUUAAAUAAAAAGGAUCUGUUAGAAGAGAAAAUUUUGUAUUCUCAUCUGGUUGACUAUUUUCCCGAAUACGACGGAGCCCAAAGGGAUGCCAUAGCAGCUAGAGAGUUUAUCCUUAGAAUGUUUGUCGAAUUGAAUCCAGAUAGUGAAAAGAUUAUCUACUCGCAUUUUACUUGUGCUACAGACACUGAAAAUAUAAAGUUCGUAUUUGCAGCUGUCAAAGAUACAAUCCUACAGUCGAACUUGCGAGAGUAUAAUCUGGUUUAAGUUACUAUUAAAUAACAGUUGACAGGUGAUUGCUCCGUUAAAUACACGUCCCCCUUCUCCCACCAUUCUGUGGGCUGGCAGAGGAAAAAUGAACUUAUAUUGUGAUGAAUUAAAUAACUGUUUUAUUUUAUGUAAUCAGUGUCAAGUGUGUGCUUCACUUAAUGUGCCAUUUUUAUACAGAUAGAAUAUUAUGAACUUUAGUCUGAUUGUGCGAAAGGCUUGACUAUAAAAUAUUAAUACUGUAUAAAUGUUGGUCCAUAGAGUUGAUAAAUGGAAAACAUUUUUAUUUAUUGUUACUGCUAUGAAAAUACCAUUUUUGAUGAAAUUAGCGCGCAAGUGGAAUAGGUACAAAUUUUUUUUAAAACCCUCAAACUUGAUGGGCUUGCACAAAAAAACGUUUAAUCUUACCUUUACUGCGUGUAUAUAUUAUACAAUAAUUAUCAGUUAAUCAUUUAUUUUUGUAAAGUUUAUUUGCAGUUAAAAGUAGGAACGGUUUUAUAUAAUUUAUCUUUUGAUGUAAUCAUGAAGCACGAGUUUUCUUAUAGUUUUUUGAUACUACGUGUUAUAUAUACUAAAAUAGAUUUCCGCUGUAACUAGGAACUUAAAAGUAAAUUAUAUGGAACUAAACAGUUACCAAAUAGACAACCAGUGCUCUAUGUUGUAAAUGUUAUAAAAAUCUUGAUGAUAAUAAAUAAAAGGGACCGGUAAAAAGUUUGAUAGCAACUGUAUAUGAAAAUGCAAUAUGGGUCAUAUUGGAAGAUGACAUGAUUGAUUUGUGUUAUAUGCUUAUGAGAUGUAUAGCUUUUUGUGCUGUACUUGAUAUUUAGUCCAGGGUAGGUACUGGAAUCACACUUUUUAUGUUUGACAUUGUUUUGGAGUAUUAAUAAUUCUAUCCUUUAUAUCAGUAUUUCUUAAACGUUUAAGGGUAAUUCUCGACAAGUGUUAAGAAAUGUAUCUAUGGUUUUAUGCAAAGUAAGAGAGAAUGUGAGCUUUAUAGUUUUUUUGUAUUUAGUUAAAAAAUAUUGCUAUAAAUCAGUGAAGGCAGUAUUUAUUUUUUGUCAUAAAAAACGGACAAUUUACAAUUACGAGGUUUUAGGUGUCAAAGAGAGUAUAAACACAAUAACCCCUUUCUAAAUUAAAGAAAUAUCAUUGGGUAGCCAAAUAGCUUAUUAGCUUUCUUUAAAAAAGCGAAUAAGAUAAUAAUCAGGGUAGUCAUCCAUUUCAGUUGUCUGUACAAUGCCUAUGUAAUGUUUAAUAUGUUUUAGCGUAUAAAGUUGAACAACAAAAAAGUUAUUUUGCUUAGACUUUAGGCUAACAUCUUUCUGAUUAAAUGAAAAUUCUGAUACAGGCUGCCUCUUAGCAUAUACAUGGAUGUUUCUCAAAUCCAAUUUAAUAUUUUUAGACCAAGUCUUCUUCAUCUGAACUGACAUACACUUCUUUGUACUCUUAACAAUUUCUUAGUGAAUCUAGCAUAAUGUUAGGACAAUCACCAAACUGAACAAUUUUAUUCCACUUGAAAUUAACACGGAAGUGAACAAUCACGAAUGUGAUUUUUUUAAAUGUUUAGUGCAAAAAAUCUGGAAUGCUCUACAGGGUGUCUCAUAAUGGAUUUAAGGUUUUAAAGGAAUAAAAUGAAUACUCAAAUUAUUCUAGAUCAAUAUUAAGAUACUUGCUAGAUAAGUUAAAUAUGCAGAUUUAUUGUUUAAAAAAAAACAUCGUAAUAAAAGUAAAUUAAUUGCUGAUCCGUUUUCUUCGUAAAAGGGUAUCACAUCUGUACGGGUAUGUUACGUAAAGCAUUAGAAAUACUGUCUUUCAGUUGCUGGAUGUUGUUUGGUAAUCAAUAUCGAUGAAUAGCUUCUGGCUAAACAUAAAUAAAUCCAUUAACCUAAAUGUAUUGGGGACUUACGCUAUUAUCAUAGACUCAAGAUUAUUGCAGCAUUAUAGGGAAAAAAAAGGAAGAUAAAAAAGAAUAGGUAAAACAGACGCUACAAAAAAAUGGACAUUAUUAUUGACAAUAACUGCAAACGAGUAUUAGCAAGUAAAUUCAGUUCAGUAAGAUUCUUGUAGUGUCUAGUAGACUUUUUUGACAGCUGAAAAAUAACAGACCUACACUCUUACCAGAUCUUUAAUCAAUUUCUAGUUCUGUCAGUUAUGCCAAAAGUAGUGCAAUUUAUUCUCAUAUUGUUCUAAUAAUCUUUUUAAAGAAUAAUCCAUGCAGACCUCAAAAAAGCUUUUGAUAGCGACCACACACACCCAUCUUUUAGAUAGACUACUGGUAGUCAGAUUGCCCUUCGACGGAUGAGGAAUUUGAGAACACUAAAAAUUAUUGAAAAAUAUUAGUUGUAGGACUCUCCCAGUGGUAUCAAAUGAGUGAAAAGAUCCUACACAUUAUAAAAUAGGUAUAGACGACAUUAUUCAGAUAUCCUUAUAGAAAAAAAACCAAGCCUGGUCAGGCCUGGGAUCCUGGAAAAAACGGAAUAUUUUCAUUAAUGGAAAUAAUCGUGCCAGGAAACAGAUAUUGCGGCAGUAUGUGGCGUGGCACCGUCUUGUUGAUACUAUCCACCGUUGUCGUCAUAGCCAGGGAACUGAAAUAACGAUUGGCGUAUAAUAACGAGGCUGUUCACAGUAACCGUACGACCUGUACCAUCUUCAAACAACUAUGACUCAAUUAUCCCCAAGACGGACAUGGCACAUCAUACGGUCGCUUUUUUGGAGUGUAAUUUUCACUGAUUUUUUUUUAACGGAUUAUUUUGGGCCCAAUAUCGGCAAUUGUGUUUGUCCACAUAUCCUUUAAUAUGGAACUAUGCCUCAUCACUAAAAAUAGUACUUUCGAUACCACCUUCAUUCCAAAAAUUGUUCAUCAUUGUCUCGGCCAAAGCUUUUCAUUUUAAAUGGUCUCCCGGUUUCAGAAAUUGACAAAGUUGAAGCUUAUAGGGGUGAAAGUGUAAUUCCUUCUGCAAUAUUCGUGAACACUAGCGCAUCAAUUGCUAUGAUUGCACAUGUUUAUGAACCGACCGCGUGGAAUGACGAUUUACAGCACGCCGUAUCAAUUUUUUUGAAAGUCGGUUUUAAUAGUCGUGGUAUUCGCAUCGCGGCUUGGGUAGCUCCCUUUUGGCGGGAAAAGGCGUUGAAACCCCGACUGUGGAAAUCGAAUUCCACUAGCCAGUCGGAAAAGUCGUUGCUGCAACCGGAACUAGGUCCUGUAAGCGAAGAUUCCUAUUAUUCCAGAGUUCUUCAGCUCUUGGCGGUCAUAUUUACUUAGUGAAGUUUGUCUGAAAUCUUAAGAAUUUGGAGCUGAAAGAGACCUCAGUAGCAGUAUGCAGAGGAAACUUCAAUACAACUCUGCCCCGAAACAGAAGAGCCUCACAUCACCCUACAUAGCGAGGGCGUGAGGACACAGUAUAAAGAAAUAGAAAGUCUCCUGGAAAGAUCUCCACGUGGCGAUUUGGAAGGGAGCAGACAAAGAAAAGGAGUUUUAAAACAAAAGAAGAGGAAAGGAAAACCGCCAUUGGAGUACAAACGCCAGGGAGGAGAAGAACUUCGUUAGAAUAGCCCUAGUUGUGCAGACCAGACGUCCACGUUAGGCGAACACCACAGAACGGCACGCCGUACACUGUCAAUAUUGGCUGGCGUUCUGGGUUUACCUGCUAGUUAGUGAUUUAUGGUAGAAGCUGUUGCUCGAAAUCUAUUCAUCCAACAGUUCAUUAAUGCUGCCAACGGUAUCUUGAAAUAUGCACAAAAACGUUGGCGUACCAGGGUGUAAGAAACGUUCGACCUAAAGAACAAUUUAAGCAUACACGCCCGUUGCCCUGCUGGCAACGGUAUCAUCGUAACCAAAAUCCGCAUGUAGGCGCUAUCUAUCUAAACCAUCUCGUUAGCGCAGUCCCGACGUCAGAAUAAUUUCAAAUCUUAAAUUUCGUAUGAGACACCCUGUAUAACACUAGUUCAUUCCUUAUUGAAAUAAACUGCAAAAAAGGUCUCUUUUUAAAAAGUAUUAUGGUAUGAACUUACAUUACAACAUUUCAUGAGAAUUACCCUUAUCUAUUAUUUUUUAGAAUUACUGAAAAAUCUAAUAUUUGAAUAUAUCCUGUUAUAUCCUAUUAAAUUUCUUGAUUUUAACACAUCUAAGAGCCAUAUCUUGCCUUUCUUGUAAUUAUUUGCAAGUUAUUUUUAACAAUGGCUGGAAGAAAAACUGUUUUAUUGUCCGUAAAUGAGUAUUAAAUUCUCCAAAACAUUUCUGUCAUUCAUAGCUUCACUUUAUUCCUACCUACCCCGGCCUACUAGCACUAAGUUCUUUAGAGCUUUAAAAAUUAAGUAUUCUUUGUAUUUUUAUUAAGCUCUAAUAAGAUUUUAUAUUCACGUAUUUAUUAUGGUGAAUAUGUUUGUGAAACAAUUUGUUGUGCUGUUUCAGCUAGCGCAAAUGACUGCUUUUAAUUUUGCUAACGUGUCUUCUUCUAAUAAAACACUUGACUCACACAAGUUUCCCGUUUAAUGUUAUUGAACUAUUUACCCCAACCUAUUUUUCAUAAUCAGGUUUUUGUCAGGAAUUUUAUUUUCCAUGGAAUUAACGAUACACGUUCCAAUGGUUUAUGUUUAUGUUGAAUUUAUUACCCAUACUAAUAUUGUUAUAGUAGGAAUAAUAAUUUUUAUAAAUUUUGCAAAAUUUUCUUUUAGAGGUAAAACAUUUGUGUGGGUUGGUUUUUUGAAUGUGACCCAUUUAACUACUUGAAUAACCACAGGCACAAUUCAUAUUUAUCGUAACAUAGAUGAACUAAGGCUUUUUCUAUUCUUCAUAACCCCAAGUCUGUACGUCUUGUAAGUAAUCAUAGAGAAUUCCAAAAAAUCAGAAUUUUAUGAACAUGUAAACGUUUGUACUAAAGACAAUACAUUAUGUCUAAUCUUCA